ACGCGGUCAGCUCCCGGGAGAAUGGUCCGCCUCCCAUUCCACCCUGAGGGUCCGAAUAGUCGGAGUUGCAGGAACCAAAGCGCUAUAAAGGAACUCAGGAGCGGUCACCUCCCUCCUUCCCUGCUUGAGACCCAGGCGCGCUCCAGGCGGCGGCGCGCGCACGAGUCCGCCCCGUGAGUCGGGUACGCGCAUGCACGCUCGCGCGCAAGAUCAUUCGCUCAGAACCCGGAAGUGCGAGGGACAGGAGAGACACGUGGGUCGAGCUGGGUCGCAGUUCGCAUGGGGGAGUCUAUCCCGCUGGCCGCCCCGGUCCCGGUGGAACAGGCGGUGCUGGAGACGUUCUUCUCUCAUCUGGGCAUCUUCUCUUACGACAAGGCCAAGGACAAUGUGGAGAAGGAGCGAGAGGCCAACAAGAGCGCGGGGGGCAGCUGGCUGUCGCUGCUGGCGGCCUUGGCCCACCUGGCUGCGGCCGAGAAGGUCUAUCACAGCCUCACCUACCUGGGGCAGAAACUAGGGGGUCAGUCUUUCUUCAGCAGGAAGGAUUCCAUCCGCACCAUCUACACCUCCCUGCAUAAUGAGCUGAAGAAGGUGGUGACUGGCCGCGGGGCCCUGGGUGGGACUGCCCCUCACGUGGAAGAACUCCUUUCCCACCUGUCAGAGCAGCUCUGCUUCUUUGUUCAGGCUCGGAUGGAGACUGCAGACUUCUAUGAGAAGAUGUACACCCUCAGCACACAGAAGUUCAUCAACGCUGAAGAGCUCGUUGGCCUUUUGGACACCAUCCUCAAGAAAUACAGCUCCAGAUUUCACCACCCAAUCCUCAGUCCCUUGGAGAGCAGUUUCCAGCUGGAAGUUGAUGUCCUGAGUCAUCUCCUCAAGGCCCAGGCUCAGGUCUCAGAGUGGAAGUUCCUCCCAUCCCUGGUUCAUUUACACAGCGCUCACACCAAGCUGCAGACCUGGGGCCAGAUCUUUGAAAAGCAGCGGGAGACCAAGAAACAUCUGUUUGGAGGGCAGUCUCAGAAGGCGGUUCAGCCCCCACACCUUUUUCUUUGGCUGAUGAAACUCAAAAACAUGCUCCUUGCCAAGUUUAGCUUUUACUUUCAUGAGGCAUUGAGCCGACAAACGACUGCUUCAGAAAUGAAAACACUGACUGCAAAAGCUAACCCAGACCUCUUUGGAAAGAUUUCCAGUUUCAUCAGGAAAUAUGAUGCUGCCAAUGUGUCCUUAAUUUUUGACAACCGAGGUUCAGAGAGCUUCCAGGGUCAUGGCUAUCACCACCCCCAUUCCUACAGAGAGGCCCCUAAGGGCGUGGACCAAUAUCCAGCUGUCGUGUCUCUGCCCAGCGACAGGCCUGUCAUGCACUGGCCCAAUGUCAUCAUGAUCAUGACAGACCGCACGUCUGACCUGAACAGCUUGGAGAAAGUGGUCCACUUCUAUGAUGACAAGGUUCAGAGCACCUACUUCCUGACCCGCCCAGAGCCUCACUUUACCAUUGUCAUCAUUUUUGAAUCAAAGAAAUCUGAGAGGGACUCCCACUUUAUUUCCUUCCUCAAUGAACUCUCACUUGCACUUAAGAACCCCAAAGUUUUUGCAGGUCUGAAACCUGGGUCCAAAGGUUAGCAAGACUAUCUGUGUGAAAGGCUUUCAAGACUGGCUGGCAACUGUUGUAAUUGCUCUAAUGAUCCAUAGUGCUCUGUGAUUCAGAGUUUGCCUUCAUUCCUGCUUUUUUCCAAGCCGAAUUAAAGAAAAAUUCUCCCUAA